GUAGAGUUGGCCCCGCCGUACUUACCCACUAUAUAUGACAUUGUAAGGAAACCAGGAGGUCUUUGCGUUGCAGAUGAGCUUCAGUCUGGCUAUGCUCACACAGGAAGUCAUUUCUGAGUGUUUGAGUAACAUGGUGUUAUUCCUGAUAUCGUGUCCUUGGAAAAGGGCAUUGGAAAUGGGAUUCCUCUUGGUGCUGUGGUAACCAUUCCUGAGAUUGCAUAGGUCUUGGUUGAGCGAUCAUACUGUAACACAUUUGGUGGGAAUCCUUUAUGUACUGCUGCUGGUUUGGCUGUUUUGAAAGUAAUUGAGAAGGAAAAGCUUCAGGAGAAUGCUUUUGUUAUGGGAUCCUACAUGAAAGAGAGACUAAGAGUACUAAGGAAAAAUAUGACUGUAAUCUUCGUUUCCUCUCCAUUUUGUUCUGCAUCAGACAUUCUUUCUUGUGUGAAAGCCUAAAUUAAUACUGAUCGUUACAUCACAGAUCGCAAACUGAAGACUCCUGCACAGGAAGAAACUGUUCAUAUAAUGGACCAGAUGAAAGAACUUGGAGUGCUGAUUGGAAAAGGUGGAUAUUUUGGAAAUGUUUUCAGAACCCCUUCUUUGUGCUUCACUAAGGAUGAUGCAGGAACUUGACCAUAAAGGGGUUGAAAAGGCAAAUCUCUCCCCACAUAUUUCAUCAAAAAAAUGGUACAUAAUCUGUAGCUACAUUUUCUGACCUUGAAAUGAAGAAAAUUAACAAGAUGUAAGGAAGUUGAACAUUGGAGCACCUUUCUGGUCUGUAUUUCUAAUUAUUCAGCUUUUGGAUUUUAGAUAUGAUUUAUUUCUUCUCUAAUAGAUUUCUUUAUGUAGG